AUGUCCGAAGGCUGGAUACUAUUCUUUCCGACUGGACGCAGUGGGUAUAGCAAUGGACCAAUUGUUCCGAGAUCUCCCCUUUUCCCACGUUUGACAUUCGACAGGCAGCUCCAUAGGGCCCUAGAACAGCAUACACUGUCACUGACAAACCAGACUGCGGCCAAGGCAAGACACCUGAAGCGGAAAACCGGGACAACGAGCCGCCAUCGAGGUGAUUCAAAUCAUAUCAUUGUCUGCGUCGUGCUCACUCGCGAUCCCAAUGACAAUGCUACUGGCAGGGAGUCGGUGAAGUACCGAGCUAAUAUGGAGGUCAUCAAUCAGACUGCCCACAUAUUCAAGCAACGCACAGAUGAAGCACAAUGA